AUGGCGAAGCUCACCCUUUCACUUUCUCUCCUUCCUACGCUCUCCCUAAUAGCACGCACGGCUUCAAUCGUCCUGCCUCCCAUCAACACCACCUUCGCAACAAUCGACAGUCACACUCCGAACCUAGCCCCUCGAGUGCCCGGUCACUAUCCUUGCGACUGCUAUAUCGUCUCCGGUGAUGAACCAGGCUACUUCACCGACUACAAGUUCUGGGACUUCCGCGAUGUCCGCCUCCCUCACAGCCUCAAUAGCGGUGCCUACCGUCCCUCGUACGCCAAUAUGUGGGAGAUGGAAACAAUUCCGCUGAGCCAGACGUCCUUCAAGGAAGACUGGCAGACGCAGUCGUGGAGCCGGCAGGAGACGACAGACAGCACGGUUCCCAUGGUGAACGACGACGCGAAUGCCUUCUUCGCGAAACAUCCCAACCUCCCGGCCGCCAGCCAGCUCGUUCUCCGUACAACCAGGUUUCCGACACACUCGUCUUCCGCGGAAGUUGAAAGCCAGCAUGGGAACUAUUUUCAUGCCUCGAUUCGUGUCCGUAUGAGGCUUAUGUCCCGGGAAGCGAUCUCCAGACGUCCUUGGGAUACCGCGCCGGAUGUCAAUGUGGUUCCAAAGGGUGCUUGCGCUGGGAUCUUUACCUACCGUUCAGCGACCUGCGAGUCCGAUGUUGAGUUCCUCACCUCCGAUCCCCCCAACACAAUCCACUACGCAAACCAGCCGGACUAUGACACCGAGCACGACCUCAUCAUCCCCGGUGCGAGUGAAGUCGUCACAACUGUCCCGGUACCCUGGUCGGACUGGGUGACACACCGCAUGGAUUGGUUCGAAAAUCAGACACUCUGGUACGCCAAUGACGAUCUGCAAGCGGUCGUCUCCUUAAGCGUUCCCGAUCGCCCGAGUAUCCUUGCCAUGAACCUCUGGAGUGACGGCGGAAUGUGGACGGGCGACAUGGAGAUGGAUGAAAGCGUAUACAUGGGAAUCGAAUGGAUCGAGGUCGCCUACAACACCUCAACUGCAGGCGACAUGCCCGUCGAAACCGGCCAACGCCAUCGUAUGCGGCCCUCGAAGCGGACAAGAAGGGAUCCCCACGAGAAGAGACAGACCUCCGGUCACGAAGCCAGGGAGAGGUGCGAGAAGCCGUGCUACCUGGAUAAGAUGCAGCGUUAUUAG